AUGCCUUCAUCUGGCACUCUCGUUCAUUCCCUUGGUCAUAAUUGGUUGGGUAAGGCCGAUAUCGCUGUUCAGACGAUUUUUCUGGCUGUUGGUCUUGUCGCUGUUGGCUUGCGGUUAUGGUCGCGGCGAUUACAAUUGAGUUCGCUGCAAUUGAAUGACUGGUUCAUUGUACUUGCGACGUUCGCAGUGGUCGGUCUCUAUGUGGUAGAAAUCACCAAAGUUCUACUGACUGGGUUGGGACUGCACUCUUCAGAAGUAGCCCGGGUCGGAGGGGAGGAUAUCUUUGUCCAAUUCAGCGAGCUCACAUAUUCCGGUGAUCUUCUUUGGAUCAUAGCAGUCACCUUGAUCCAGUUGUCAAUUCUCCACUACUAUGUCCGCGAAUUUGGCCAGCGACUUGUUGUCUGGUCAGCCUAUGCUCUCAUGGGCCUAUGUACAGCCCUCGGGCUUGCAGGUGUAUUUGCAACAGCAUUCUUCUGCACUCCGCCUAAAAAGUUAUGGCUUUCGGAUACACCGGGGCAUUGUGGCGAUCGUGACAAGCUGCAAACCAGUAUCAAUGCGAGUGAGGUUAUCUUAAGCUUCUUCGUAUUGGCCCUUCCAAUUUCUUUUGCGUGGAGAAGGGCAUUUUCACGGGCCAGGAGAGCUGCACUCGUGUGUAUCAUUGCACUCGGAUUAGGCAUCGUCGCACUCAUUGCCUCCCGCAUGAAAUAUGAUUCCAAGCUCAUGCCAUCAGAUGCCACCUAUGGCUCCACUCGGAAAUCACUCCUCUCGUGUUUGGUACCCAUCUUGGGUAUUACAGUUGCCUGUCUCCCAACUCUACCACCAGUCAUCCAAAGGAUCUUUGGAACAUCAGUAUUCUCAUCUAUAUCACGCAUGUCUGGCCUAGGUCCAGAAGCUGCGAAGCACUGGAAAACAACGGUGCUUACUGGCAGGCGUUUGGAGGAGCCUGAGAUGCCUUUGGUUACUGUUACUCAGCCUAUGAUGGCGAAGAUGGGCCAUCUUACUCCGGGUCAUAUCCAUAUUACUUCUGACUGGGAGAUUCAUUCGUCGCGGGGUUCGACGAGAAUUGAGAGAUCGCCUGUUCGGCAGGUCUGA